CUCUUCACUUGGGCGUUGGACUCCGCAUCUUAUUAGCAACAAGGGAAAUUUCUCCAUUUUGCAGCCUGUCUACAGCGACACGGCCACCAAUCUGGGAUUUUAUUACUCCUCCUUACCUGCCAGCUUUUCCCCGCUAUUUUGAAAAAUCCUCCUCGCUCUUGACUGGACUUUGCUUUACAUUUUCCCUGUGAACUUUUUUCUCCUCUGUGCAGAGAGAGGGAGACAGCAGCGAAGAGCUUUUGAGUUUCAACAAAGAGGCUUGUGGGUCUUUGUUCGUUUUUUGGAUCGGUUGAGUUUCUUUGUUGGGGGCGAAAAGCAUGGGAGCGCAAUUGUCCAAGACAGCUGGGAAGGCUGAAACCGCGGCCGAAAAGCCCGGAGAGGCUGCUGCUUCACCCACCAAGACCAACGGACAGGAAAACGGCCACGUUAAAGCCAACGGGGACGCCUCUCCUGCAGCCGCCGAGAACGGCAAAGAGGAGGUGCAGGCCAACGGCAGUGCCACGGCCGAGGAGACCCCCAAGGAGGAGGCUGAGAAAGCAGAAGCCGCCCCCGCUGAGAAGGAGGCUGCGGAUGGGGACAAGGUAGAGGCAUCCCCUGCUCCUGCUGAGGGAGAGGCGGCGGAGGCGAAGGCCGAGGACGGCGCCGCACCUUCCACCAGCAACGAAACCCCCAAGAAGAAGAAGAAGCGGUUCUCCUUCAAGAAGUCGUUCAAGCUCAGCGGCUUUUCUUUCAAGAAGACCAAGAAGGAGACAGGAGAGGGGGCAGAGAACGAGGAGGCGGCUGCAGCAGCAUCCACGGAGGAGGCCAAGGCUGAGGACACAGAGGAAGCGGCGGCCGCCAGCGAGGAGGCCAAACCUGCUGGGGAGGAGGCCGCACCUGCUGCAGAGCCGGCCAAGGAGGAGGUAGAGGCCAAGCCGGAGGCAGCGGCGGCUGCAGCAGAGGCGGCACCAGCAGAGAAACCUGCUGAGGAGGCCAAGAAGGCCGCGGAGGCCGCGCCCGCAGAGGAGCCAAAGGCAGAGGAGCCCAAGGUGGAGGAGAAGCCGGCGGAGGAGGCGCCCAAAACAGAGGAGGCCGCCCCGGCCUCGCAGGAAGCGGCAUCAGCGGAGGCUCCGGCUGCAGCCGCGGAGGCCGCUGAAUAAUUUGGGAGAAAGAGGAAGAAAUUUGAAAAAAAAAGGAGAAAAAAGAUAAUCAAAGAACAUUUCCCUGUUUGUAUGUUGGAGUGAUGCCAGGUAAUGGCUUUGAAGAACUUGUCUACAACCAGGGAUAUUUUAAAGCUUUUUCUUUAUUUUUUAUUUUUGGUUUCCAUUCCCCCCUUACACAAAACCCAUCUCGGUCCAUUGUUACUUCCAUUCCAACGGGCUAGGGAGGUGGGUGGCUUCGACAUGUACAACAGAUUAAUUCCACACUCUGCCGUAUAUUUUUUCAUCAGUAUUACGUUUUUUUUUUCUUUUGAAUUUUUAUACAAAAGUGUAAACAAAAUGGUAUGGACAUGCCCAUGGUAUGAAGGAGACGGGGGUCGAGCUGUAAAUGAAGGGGGGAGGUGAGUUCAGGGAGGGCAGGGGGGAGGGGCCUUGGAAAUGUGCCACAGACUAUUAUGGAAAGAGUAGUCUAAAAAAACUAGGAGACCAACAUCCAUACACACCAUACAGUUUACAACACUAAGUCCCUUUUUGAAAUACGACCAACAAAAGAGUCCCAGAGUUAGGGUUUUUUAGGAAGACGUAUAAACUCAUAGGAGCUUUUCACUUCUCAUUAGCUGUACCAGUCAGUGAUUCAGUAGGAAUACAAGUUGUAUAGGCUUUAUUGUUUAUUGUUGGUUUUAUGACCUUAAUACAAAUGUAAGUAUGUAUAGGCGGGGUGUUUUUAACUGUGAUUAUUGUACAAAAUGAAAAUCUUGAUCUCAAGAAGCACAUGAAGUUUGCAGCUCUUUUUUCCACCCGCUCAUUUUUGUAAGAUAACAACACACACGCAAAAAAAGAAGAGAAAUGUCAUCCCGGAAAGACCUUCUUAAGCAAUUUUGAACUCGAAAACCAAGCUGUGAUAAGUGGAAUGGUUAACUGUUUAUAUACUGUGGUAUGUUUUUUUGAUUACAGCAGGCAAAUGCUUUUCUCAGUGGUCUUUGACAAAAAUUUAAGGAAUCUAUCAGAUGCAAAUGUUUGUGUAGCAUCUUGUCUCUCUCUCUCUCUUUCUUUUCCUUUUGUAAAUACUGGAGAAGCUUCGACCAGUUUGACUUUAGAGAUGGAAUGUAACUUUGCUUACAAAAAAAUUGCUAUUAAACUCCUCUGCUUAAGGUGUUCUAAUUUUCUGUGAGCACACUAAAAGCAAAAAUAAAUGUGAAUAAAAUUUGA